AUGGCAGAAUACCCCACCCAAGCAAACCACCGUCUCAACGAGUCAGCGGCUAACCAUGAUGUUCCUGCGCAAGACCUUAGCCAUGAUGGCCCGCCUGAUGCAGGUCUUAAUAAUGAUAUCCCCCAAGAGCAUGUCUUCCCACUGUAUAUCGGCUCACCAUACUCAUUUCACAUCUACAGGGACCUUGUCAAUCGUCUCAUUCGGGACAACCAAGACAUUUGGAACCAGUUGCUUCACAACCAGUUUGUCGAGGACAUGCGUGUUGCAGACGCAGACAACAAGCACGUUCUCCAUGGUUUCAAAUGGUACAUGAUCCAAGAUUUCUUCUACUGCGUGCAACUCAUAGCAUACAACGCUGAUCGCGCUGCAAAAGCUCCCAACCCAACGAUAUACGGGAAAUUGACCUCAACUCUCAACAACACGCUGACGCAGUGGGCUCCCAACGCCCUCAAAACUUGCACCGAUCCCGAUCAGCUGAACAUCCCAGACACUGCGGUCUUCGCCGCCAACAGGGAAGAGGCAACUGAAAAAUACUCAAAGUUCAUCUCUGAUACUGCGGAGGAUCAGAACUGGGUAGUCUCUUUGCUCGCCCAAGUCCCCGGUAUUCAGGUUCGUGAAGGGAUAUGA